CAUGGGCGUUUAUCGCAAAGUUAAAGGUACUCUGUGGUUUGACCGUUUGACGGCACCGUUUCUCCGUGGGUUCUCCUCCGUUCGUGUUUUUGUUUGGAAGAAUACAAAAUCGAUUUGUCAUAUUUUUUUGAUAAUUUCCAGUAAUAUUUAAGAACAAAAUGUCUAGACAAACAUCUAGGCUUGAUGCUAAGAAAGUGAACUCAGAACUUCUUACAUUGACUUACGGUGCACUAGUAUGUCAAAUGUUGAAGGAGCAAGAAAAUUCUGAUGAUGUGAACAAGCAGUUGGAAAGAAUUGGAUACAACAUGGGUGUGAGGUUGAUUGAAGAUUUCCUGGCUAGAACAAGUUCAAAUAGAUGCUUGGAAAUGAGAGAAACUGCUGACAAACUCCAACAAGCAUUCAGGCUAUACCUAAACAUGCAGCCUACAGUCACCAGUUGGAGUAGUGCUGGCGAUGAGUUCUCCCUUGUCUGGGACCAGUGUCCACUCAGCGAAUGGGUCGAGAUGCCCAACAACGGACUCAAGUACUGCGCCCUGAUACCAGGAGCCAUCAGAGGGGCACUGCAAAUGGUGCAGCUAGAUGUUCAGUGCUGGUUUGUACAGGACCAGCUUAAAGGUGAUGCUGUGACAGAAUUAAGGGUGAAAUACAUAAAGCGGUUAGAAGACGCAGUACCAGCAGGAGAAGACUGAAUGAGCAGUGGGUGUAUCUGUAUCAUAUAUAUUUAAUUAGUUUACUUUAUAUAGAAUAACUUUUCUAAAGAGAAAUUGAGCUUUGCCAAGAAGAAAGUGGCCAACGGCCAUUUUUGAAGCAAGUGAAAAUUUGUUCUACUACCCCAUAUUAAAGUUUGAUUCUGUUUGAACCCAAGGAUGACCAAUGACGACGACCUCCGUGGUCGUGUGGUAUAUACGCCGGGUUUUAAGGUGUCAUCUAUUGGUAAGAUCCCUGGUUCAAACCUGGUGCAAGCAGAUGUUUGUAUGUAUUUCUAUAUAAAUAUAC